AUGUUCAUCACGACUCGCGGUAAAAAUGGGGUUUUAGACACACUUCAUGCCAGAACUUCAGACGGGUGUGUUACACGCGCAUUGACGGCUCAUCUUUGCACAUAUACACGGUCUGUCUUGCUCUGUAUGUUUGGAACUCUAGGUUCUAAACGUGGCCUUGAGAACAUGCUCGAAGCCACAGCACGUCCUCCAGUUUGCAAGGAAGAGUGUACCGCCGCGGCAAGAACGAAAGGACCAACCUCUCCUCGACAAGUCGACUCACAGUUUUAA